UGGGCCCCUGUACCGCCUCCUCAUGCUGCUGCCAGGCCCGUAAUCUGCCAUGGGCCCCCGUACCGACUCCUAAUGCUGCUGCCCAGGCCCGUAAUCUGUCAUGGGCCCCUGUACCGCCUCCUCAUGCUGCUGCCAGGUCCAGAGUGUGUCAUGGGUCCCUGUACGGCCUCCCAUUGCUGCUGUCUCCAUCGCCACACUCUGCCAUGUGCCACUUUCAGGUCUCCUCACACUGCUGGUGGGUUCCAUUUUUGUCAUAGGGUGCUGUAAUGGCCUCCCAUUGCUGCUGCCUCCACCGCCACACUGUGGCUCCACACUCUGGUUUUGGCCCCGUGACUGCCGAAAUGAGUGAAGUGUGCGGUGAUUCUAAGAUCGACGGCACUCAUCUGCAUGUCAUACUGACUGACAGUAUUAUUUCUCUUCCCCAGCAGACUCCAAGGGCAUUUAAAUUAAAGGUACAGUGUUCUGCACUAAUAUAA